UGUUUUCCUCCGCCACCAUUAACCCGACCGCCGACUGAGUCGACUCGCUCCGCCGUCCGUCAACUUGCAAUCUGACUCAACAAUGAGCUGCUCAUCAUCUUUGAUUCUUCCUUCCAUUUCUUCGAAUGGAUUUCGAAGAUUUUGUCCUAUGAAAUUGGAUAAGUCUAGGGUUUUUAUGAGCAGCAUUUCCGUUGGAUCUCGAAUUGCCGCCGUUGAUGAUGCUCUCUUCGCUGAUUAUAAGCCUACCAAUGCUUUUCUCUUCCCUGGCCAGGGGGCACAAGCUGUUGGAAUGGGUGCAGAGGCUCAGAAGGUGCCUGCUGCAGCUGAAUUAUACAAGAGAGCAAAUGAAAUCAUGGGGUUUGACCUUUUGGAUAUUUGUAUUAAUGGUCCAAAAGAGAAGUUAGACUCCACUGUUCUAAGCCAGCCAGCUAUCUAUGUCACUAGCUUAGCUGCGGUAGAGAUACUCUGUGCUCGUGAGGGGGGUCAGCAAAUAAUUGAUUCGGUUGACGUCACAUGUGGUCUGAGCUUGGGUGAAUACACUGCUCUGGCAUUUACAGGAGCUUUCAGUUUUGAGGAUGGGCUUAAGCUGGUUAAGCUUAGAGGAGAAGCUAUGCAGGAUGCUGCUGAUGCUGCAAAAAGUGCAAUGGUUAGUAUAAUUGGACUGGAUUCUGACAAGGUUCAGAAACUGUGUGAUGCAGCUAAUGAAGAAGUUGAUGAAGCCGACAAAGUUCAGAUUGCAAAUUUCUUAUGCCCCGGAAAUUAUGCAGUCUCUGGAGGUGUUAAAGGAAUUGAAGCAGUAGAAGCAAAAGCAAAAUCGUUCAAAGCACGAAUGACGGUACGUCUAGCUGUUGCCGGAGCUUUUCACACAAGUUUUAUGAAUCCAGCUGUCUCAAGAUUAGAAGCUGCUUUGGGUGCAACAGAGAUCAGAACUCCCAGAAUACCAGUAAUAUCAAAUGUUGACGCGCAACCACAUGCAGAUCCAGAUACAAUUAAGAAAAUAUUAGCUAGCCAGGUGACUUCACCAGUUCAAUGGGAGACCACAAUGAAAACUCUCCUAACAAAAGGGCUAAAGAAAAGCUAUGAAUUAGGACCUGGAAAGGUUAUUGCCGGUAUUGUCAAGAGGAUGGACAGAGGUGCCGAAAUUGAGAACAUUGGCGCUUAAGCUUUGUAUUGAGAGACAUCAUCGGUGGUUAUUCUUUGAGUGAGUUUGAGCUUGAGUUUUUGAAUGUUAACGUCAUUAUGAUCUUUGUUUAAGUAGCAUACUGAACUCGGAUUAAAAUAUAACUUUCUGAAUCUCAGUAGAUAUUAAUGUGAUGAAACCAUACACACUAUCAGUUCUUAUGUGGUUUGGUUUCUGAUAGUUUCACUUUCACUAAAUGUGAAAACUGGGCAGAGAAAUAAGCUCAGCAGACCA